AUGGAGUCAGUCGAUUUUGCAGAAGAAUUGGAAAACUACAUGGCCGAAAGAAGAGAAAAAACAGAGAAGAAAACGAAGCGGCGGGAAACUGGCCAGACUCCGCCGACUGUUAUUAUCAGAACACUCAUAAGCGAGACUGGAAAAAGAAACGAAAAACAACGAGAAAAAACCUUGAAAAAAUGCAACCUCUAUCUCAGCGCGAAAAGUGAAAUCAUAGAAGACGACCUCGGCGAAUUCUGGCUCAAUAUUGCUGGGAGCUUGAAGGAUGUGGCAAGAGCUCUGGAUGCGUUCACAAAAGAGUCUUUCGUCGCAGUCACGGCGCACCAGCACGGUCAUCUGAUCAAAGUCUACCUGCUCUCCUCGCUCGUCCGCGGAAAGAAACACAGCCACAAGAAAAAAUUCGAGAUUCGAGUUCUGCGCGCCGAGUGCUUUGGCUUCAAACUGCACCAGAAGAUCAAAAGCUAUUUGGAAGGAAAAGACGAUGAUUCCCAAACCAAUCUCGGGCCCAUCCUUCUCGAUCCCGUCGAUGUGAAGACAGAGCCUGAGCCGGUAGAAUGCGUCAACUGCCAACUCGUCAAAAAUGAAAAGCGAAAAGCGGACAACGAAAUUAUGCGACGAGAAAGAGAAAAACAAGCGCUGGUGGAAGGAAUCAACAGAAUGCUCGAAAAGUACUUGGCGCACGGAUAA